AUGUUUGUGGAGAACAUGAGCAUAGGCCAGGCCUUUUCCCUGCAGGCCAACGCAAGGCUUGCAGACAACCUGCUUGGGGAGAACGAAGACAAGAACUUCCGCAACGCACGGAGCCUGGGCCCGUCGGACGAGGCUAGCACGGUGAAGUGGCUGGCGCCUACACCGGUGAAGCAAGCCGGCCAGGGCAGGCCUCAAGAGGUCGCGGAGAGCCCACGCCAGGACCCCGGGACGCCGGCAGCGCAGCGGCAGGAGCAGAGCCCUGGUUCUAGCAUCCCGCCCACGCAGCCCCGCAGCCCUUGGGUGCAGAAGCUUCUCAAGAGAAAGAAGGCACUUCGGAAUCCCGGCACUUCAGUGCGGCAGGCAGCGGAAGAUGCAGGGCAUUCCCGUGCGGCUAUGAGGCGUGCAGCUGCACGUCUUACUCUGCCGGAGCAAGCAUACAGAACGGUGACCUUUGGUGAGUAUUGCAUAGCAAUCGCCUCUGUGCCAACUGUGCUCCAGCAGAUGUGCCUGCAAGUGCGCGAUCUUGGCGAUGCUUUGGCUGCCUUGCAGACCCAGGCCGCCGAGCAGCCACUGAAUCUGGUGCUUUCUUUUGAUGAAGCCACGGCAGGCAACGUGCUUGCCCCAGAUCCGCAGAAGAAGAGCUGCAUGGUGUACGCUUGCAUAAAGGAACUCGGCACGCAAGCAGCGGCGCUGUGUCUCCCGCUCUGCGUGAUCGGGUCAGACACCAUGAAAAUGGGAUUGCAGAAUAGCUUGGGCCCGGUGCUUCGUCACAUCCUGCGUUUCGCUGCGGAAGACAAGCUAGCUGAGGGAUUCCUGAUCCAGUGCUCCCGGUCCUUCUUUCUCCGACUUCAAAUCAGCGCCGUCAUCGCGGACGGGGAAGCAGUCCGUCAGGCUUUGAACUGCAAGGGGGCUUCUGGGCUCAAGCCGUGCCAUCUCUGUAAAAAUGUCGUCAUGAAAGGACACGCAUUGGCAUCGGCACCGACCCUGCGUGAUUAUGCCUGCGACAUCUGUUCUUCAGACAUAGAUAAAUGGGAUCUUUUGGAGGACGAAGAGCUUUUCCAAUUCUGCGACAUGCAGCGGCAGAGGCAAGGCAGUAUUCCCGCGAGCCUCUUCGCCGAAGAAGAGACCCUGAGCGGCUACUGCUACAACCCGGAGGGCAUACUGCAAGAUGACUUCGCCAGGAGACUGUUACCACCCAGCAAGUGGCUCUUCGACUUCCUGCACCUCUACUAUACGGCCGGAGGCUGCGCGGCCGUGGAGAUGGCAUUUCUGAUGCGCGAGUGCGAUCGCAGGCUGCAGCAAGCGCCUGAGGACUUCGCCUCGCUCUUGCGCCAGCUGCCAUGGCAGACGCCAAGCCAUGUUGUCGGACUGCAAGGUCCGGCAUCCCGCGCACGCUUGCUGCAGGCCGCAAGGUUUCCUGAGAAGUCCUACAAAGGCAAAGCUGCUCACCUGAUGCAGCUGCUUCCCAUGAUCGCCUGCCUUGUGGAGCUUUAUGACGAGGAGGACCAGAUGGCAGGACCUUUAGCCAGCUAUGCAUGUUUGCUUGAAAUACACCGCGAACUUAGCCGCCUGAAGCGGCUAGGCCAGAUAUCCGACACAUCAAAGCUACAGCAGCUGCAGCGAGAGCACCAUGACCUAUGCCUCGCUACAUAUGGCGAAGGAAUUCUCAAGCCCAAACACCACUGGCGACAUCACGCAGCAAAGCAGAUCGAGGAGUGGGGCGCCUACAUGGACACGAGCGCUUUCGAAGCGAAGCAUCAAUCAUACAAACAAACUGCGAACAAAAACUUCGACGUUUUGGUGUCCUCUCCGGCCUGGUCCAAAGCAAUCCUCGACCGCAUGCUUUGCUCGUGCGUCGACCAGAUGAAAGUCCACUUCGAGCGCCGUGCCCUGCCUGGCCGUGGCAAGGAGACGACAAUCCUCUGGGGCCAGCAGAAACUCAGGGCAUUCAAGCAAGUGCAAUGGGAGGGGCUCACCUGGAAGGCUGGCGACUUCCAGUUGGAGCCUUUCCCAGGCAAAGUUUGUCAUUGCUGUCUGAGCUCCACUGACAAACCUUUCCUUUUGCUGCAGGAAUAUACCAUAGUCAGCAAAAGUCGGUUCAGCAUGGUCCUUCGCGCUGCUCAGAAGGUUCGCAGCCUGCAAGACGUGCUGCGCUCUAAGCUGGCCUCCUGGUGGCUGAUCGAAGAGACAGGACUUGUGCGAGCUCUGCGUUGA